UUCGUUUUCCCCGCCCCUUUCAUGACCUCAUCAGGAGGCGGAGUCCAACGUCCGGAGUAUCUCCUUACCUCUGUUGCCCCAGACAUGGCAACUCCCAGUCCUGUGACUCCCGAGACACCCUUUGAACCAUCUAAGCCCCCAGUCAUUGAGGGCUUCAGCCCCAGUAUUUACAGCAAUCCGGAAGGCUUCAAGGAAAAGUUUCUUCGCAAGACUCGAGAAAACCCAAUGGUACCCAUAGGCUGCCUGGGCACGGCGGCCGCCCUCACCUAUGGCCUCUACUGCUUCCAUCGCGGCCAUAGCCAGCGCUCACAGCUCAUGAUGAGAACCCGGAUCGCCGCCCAAGGCUUCACGGUCGCAGCCAUCUUGUUGGGUUUAGCUGCAUCGGCUAUGAAGUCUCGACCCUGAUGCCACUGCCGGCUCGUGAAAGCUCCGCGGAAGAUCAUUCCAAACCCCAGGAGCAACCACCAGCCCUGACAAAGAGACUCAUUCCCUGUCCCCUCGACAGGCUUCAGGCCCCUGUGUUGUUUAGGGAGGAAGUGGCCGACAAGAUUUUUUCUUUUUUCCAGAAAUCCCAGAUUCGGUGGUUUGGGUGUUGCCCUUCCUCCCUACUUAAUAAACUCUAAUCCACCAGUGGUAUAGUGAAUGCAUUCUCAGCCUCACUCCCAUGGCCAAAACCAUAGUUUGGGGUCUUUGGUUUUAGGAGGAAUUGGACUGAAUAUUGGAGUGACCCUUAAAAAUCAUGGCGUCUGGUCUUUCCCAAACUCUCCUGGUUAACAGUCACCUGGGACACUUGUUAAAAGGGGAGAUUUUAUGGGCAUAGUGGUGCGCGGCUCAGUUGACUAUGACAAGAGGAUUUCAAUUUCCAGGCCAGCCUGGGCAAUUAAAGGAAAGCUAUAUCAAAUUUU